AUGACGUCGCUCUCAUUAUCGCUAGGCCCGCCAACCUUAGUCCGACUCCACGACGCCUUGAUAUGCCUGUCCAAAUUCAGCGAAACAGUCGCCAUCGAAGCAGAACCUGAAAUCCUCCGUCUCAGUGCGCUCAAUUCCACCAAGACGGGGUUUGCCUCCUUCACGUUCGAGAAGGAGGAAUUCUUUGAAGCGUAUUAUUUUAACUCCAGCAAUGAUGGCAGGAGUGGCAGUGCCCCGCUGAACCGAUUCUUCUGCCAGAUCUACAUAAAAGCACUUCUCUCCAUAUUCCGUGGGAGGGUUGAUAAAAACAAGGACACGGCCGUUGAACGCUGUGACAUGGAAUUGCAUGAAGAUCUACAACAAACUGAAUGUAGACUGACUGUGAAGAUGAUAUGUGGACUAGGCGUGAUCAAGUCAUACAAGUUGACCUACGAACCAGCGGCAAUUCAGCAUGCUGUCUUUGACAAAUCCAAAGCUACCAGCAUGUGGGCUGCCGAUCCACGGUUCCUCAAGCAACUCAUUGAGCACUUUAGCUUAUCUGCCGAGCAGCUGGACAUGUACUCCGAUUCCGGCAGGGCGGUGUUCACAAGCUUUACAACAAAGAUCACCGAGGGCAAGGAAAUACUCAAACACCCAGUUCACACUUCUGUAGCAGCAGACAAUCGUGACUUCCAAGAGUACUUGGUCGAAGAGAACAUGCAUGUCGCGAUCAACCUGAAAGACUUCAAAGCCGUAGUUGCGCACGCCGAAACGGCAAACGCCACGGUAACAGCACGUUACACCCGGCCCUGCAAGCCUCUGCAACUGGAAUACCGUUUCGAAGGCAUCAGCGCAGAAUUCACAGUCAUGACCCGCGGCCAGGCAGACAGCGAAGACGUCCCCAUGUCAACCCGAGCGACGAUCCCACGGCAAACGCCUACUGUUCCAAUUUCAGCGGUUAGGCCACGCGAUACUCGCCCAUCGGUGAUACCAAGUGCACAGAUGCCCCCGCCGCCACCGCGAAGCAGAUCGAUCCGCCCUCUAAAUGGAUCAUCUACACAGGAGAAUCUGAGCCAGAGGGCUAGUGUAGAUCGACCGGCGGCAUCUGGACUUUCGAUGGAAUUCGAUAGCCUGUUUGUGCCUGCUGAUGAUGACCGGCAGUGGGAUGAGAUGAAUGAAGAAGAGGAACCACAGGAUAUUCUUGGAUGGGAUGCGUCGGGAACACAGGACGCAUUCGGGGCAUCUAUUCGCGACGCAGAGCCUUCCUUCUCGAAGCAGGAUGAGCCGGACGAUGAGAUGGGUCUCCCGCCGACACAGCGUUUGUCUCAGGUUCGCCAAUAUGGUCUUUUCGACUGA